AUGCCUUUCACUACCUUCCUAUGUCGCCGCUGCCAAUCUGACGACCACCAUUACACCGUGUGCCCCAAUGCCAGCUGCGAAAACAAGUGUGCAAACCCCAUGGGACACUGGUUCUGGCGCUGCCCCGAGCCGUGCAGCACCUGCGGGGAAACCGGGCACGCAGCACCUAGGUGUAUGAGUGGCGGCACUAAACCUACAGGAGCAAACAACCUAAUGUGCCAUAACUGUAAAGAGCUGGGACACGCGGCUGGGGAGUUUAAGAAACCGUGCGGUGAGAGAGGAUGCGGUAGUACCGACCACACAUCAUACACAUGUCCCAUGCGCAAGGCCAGACAGAAACGUGGGGGUCCACCUCCCCAUUUAGCCAACUAUGACUGCUAUAGAUGCGGUAAUAUGGGGCAUUUUGCGAGCGGUUGUGUGCUACCCUGUAGAUGGUGCAAGCUGUUAAUACAAGGCCAUCAUGCCCGUUAUUGCGCAGAGCGGCCAAGUGACACAGAACACCAGGCGUCACCGAAGGCUGGAAAAGAACCCUACCCUACAACUCCCCCUGUGACACCCCCGAAGGAGGAAGACACCCCAACUGUUGGUGUACCCCCUGUGCCACCACCGAAGGUGCAAGGCACCCCACCCGUAGCACCGCCCCGCACCUCCAGAAGAAAGCGGACAGCAGCCCUCGUGACCCCGGUAAAGAAACGCCGGGGAGUGAUAAGAGAUGACAGCGACAGUGAUGAUGUUGGGGACUUAAUAAUAAUUGAAGAUGCAGAACCUUCACCAGCCCACCGGGAGCUCAAUUUCCCACGUGUAAUCUGA